AUGGGAGCGUGGGAGCGUGCGGGAGGACUCGCCCAACCUAAGAACAAUAAUAAGAAGAAGAAGGACAAGAUUGAUAGUAAUUACAACCAUGCCCCUAACAUUGGUUGCUCCUGCUUUGGAUGCUACAAGAGCUUCUGGGCUCGUUGGGAUGCCUCACCCAACCGCCAUGUCAUCCACCUCAUCCUCGAUGCCUUUGAAGAGACCCUUGAAUCGAAGGAGGCCAACAGCAAGAAGAAGAGGGGGUUGAAGAGUAAAAAGAUUGAUUUUGAUGAGGUUUUGGCGAAAGAGAUGAGCGCCCAUGAGGAGAAAGUUGAUGAUGAUGGCCAUGAUGAUGGGUGCGGGCAUGUUACUAAUUACCAACGCUAA